CUGCUAGCACCACCACCACCACCAUCAUCAUCACCACCACCUCUAUAAUGAGAUGGAGGGGUUCCUCUGACAUCCAAGCAGGGGAGCAUCAUCAUCGUUAAGGAUCGCCCCCCAACCAACGCAGGUGUGUUCAAUCCAUAUUAGCCAGGAAAAUCCGUUGUCAUCCCCGGGGGACUGGGGGGGAUCUUUGCAGGGUGGGGGAGGGAGGAAGCAAGGAGUCAGGUGCAUAGAUCCUUGAGAGUAGCAGGCGACAUGCAUUCUCCUUGGCCGAGCUCUGGCCAUCUUUAGGAUGGAGGAGAUACCCCUAUAGAGGAUCCUACAUGGACGGGUAGAUACAGCAUAGCGAUAUAGUAAAUACCUGGUUCUGGAGGGUUGUAUAUAGUGUAACUUUCUGAAGGCUGCAUGUUCUUCUAGGUAAGGAUCCCGUGUGUAUAUAUGUACUAUAUCUGUAGAAAGGCAGAUCUGACAUCUUGCAAGGCCAUAAUGAUGAUCCAGACAGGACGUUAGGAGAGAUACAUCAGGGGUUACACGAGAGGGCCCAGUCACUGAAGUCAUCCUUUUUGCAGAUGGAGCCUGGUGCUGCAUUGCAUUGGCACCGAUAGGAACCCACAUAGUGGUGACAGAAGGCCCGAACCCCGGGUGCAAAACCAAUCCAUGUAAAUAAUGUAUUUGCAUCCGCUUUGAUGUAGGGAUCAAGCUGCUAGUAAGUUGCCGGCUAGAAUACGUCAUUAUCGUCAGAUAUAGACGUCCUGCUGUAGAUACAGGGCCAAUCUAGAAGGAAAUCCCAUCAUCAACCCGAAAGUCAAUGCGUCUGGUUCCUCCUAGGAAAGGGUAGUCAUCGUUCUAAGAGAAGGAAUCUAUUCGUUACAGUCAGAACCCCAGUUCCAUUGACUGCCGCUCCUCGGGCCGUUCUUCAAGAUGAUGGAGAUACAGAUUGACGAUGGGGUGGUGUACCAGGAUGACUACUGCUCGGGGUCGGUUAUGUCAGAACGGGUGUCGGGGCUGGCUAACAGUAUCUACAGAGAGUUUGAACGGUUGAUUCAAUGCUACGAUGAGGAGGUGGUCAAGGAGCUGAUGCCGCUGGUGGUCAACGUCCUGGAGAACCUUGACGCCGUCUUGACGGAGAACCAAGAACAUGAGGUGGAGUCGGAGCUCCUGAAGGAGGAUAAUGAGCAGUUGCUGACACAGUACGAGCGGGAGAAGGCCCUCAGGAAGCAGGCGGAGGAGAAAUUUAUUGAAUUUGAAGAUGCGCUGGAACAGGAAAAGAAAGAUCUACAGUGCCAAGUGGAGAGUCUGGAAUUCCAGUCCCGGCAGCUGGAGCUUAAGACCAAAAACUAUGCCGACCAGAUUUCCAGACUAGAAGAGCGAGAAUCAGAAAUGAAGAAAGAGUACAAUGCCUUGCACCAGCGACACACUGAGAUGAUCCAGACAUAUGUGGAACAUAUCGAACGCUCCAAACUGCAGCAAGUUGCUGGGAACAGCCAGUCAGAGGGUGGCGUCACGGGCAGAAGUCACCGCCAGUCAUGGAGGAAGAGCCGAAAGGAGCGCCCAAACUCUCUCAACGUCUUUUCCCUGGCGGAUGGAAUGGUACGUGGGCAGGGGGGCGGCAAGAUCACCCCAAGCUCGGACCACUGGCACCUGAGUGACCUCAGCCAGCUGAAGUCCAGCUUCAGAUACAAGGAUGAAAUGUCAGAAUCUGGCCAGUCAUCAGUGGCUGCCACCCCAAGCACCACUGGCACAAAAUCUAAUACCCCCACCUCAUCCGUCCCGUCGGCAGCUGUAACCCCUCUACAUGAGAGUCUCCAGCCCCUCCAGGACUAUGGCAUGACUAGCAAAAGCAAGAGGUCACGUGAGAAAAGGAACAGCCACAACAUGGAGGUCCAAGUGACCCAGGAAAUGAGAAACGUCAGUAUAGGCAUGGGAAGCAGCGAUGAAUGGUCAGACGUCCAGGACAUCAUCGACUCAACCCCAGAGUUGGACAUGUGCCAGGACCCCCGACUAGAACGCUCAGGGACGAGCCCUACUCAAGGCAUUGUGAACAAAGCCUUUGGAAUCAACACCGAUUCUUUGUACCACGAGUUGUCCACGGCUGGGUCCGAGGUCAUCGGAGAUGUUGAUGAAGGAGCUGAUCUACUUGGAGAAUUCUCAGGGAUGGGGAAAGAAGUGGGCAAUCUUCUCUUAGAAAACUCCCAACUUCUCGAAACCAAGAAUGCAUUAAAUGUGGUUAAGAAUGAUCUGAUCGCGAAGGUGGACCAGCUGUCAGGAGAACUAGAAGUUCUCAAGGGAGAACUGGAGGCCAAUAAACAAACCAAGACCAAAAUGGAGACUCGCAUUAAAGAACUGGAGGAGGAACUUAAAAGGGUGAGAUCCGAAGCUAUUGUCGCUAUGCAAGAGCCUAAGGAGGAGGUGGAGGAGAGCUCGUCUCCCUUGCAAGAUAACAUCCCAGUUGCGCAACGCAGGCGGUUUACACGUGUGGAGAUGGCUCGUGUCCUUAUGGAGAGGAACCAGUACAAGGAGAGGCUCAUGGAGCUGCAGGAGGCUGUCAGGUGGACAGAGAUGAUCAGGGCCUCACGGGAACAUCCGUCCGUCCAGGAGAAGAAGAAAUCCACAAUCUGGCAAUUCUUCAGCCGGUUGUUCAGUUCCUCCUCCAGCCCACCUCCUGCAAAGAGAACGUACCCUCCUGUUAACAUCCACUACAAGUCGCCCACCCCAGCUGGGUUUAGCCAACGCCGCAGUCACACCAUGUGCCAAAUCUCUACUGGAGGACGCACAAUCGAAUUCUUCCCUGAUGAUGACUGCACAUCCACAGCUCGCCGUGAGCAGAAACGUGAGCAGUACCGCCAAGUGCGGGAACACGUGCGUAACGAUGAUGGGCGCCUACAAGCUUGUGGGUGGAGCUUGCCUGCUAAGUACAAGCAGCUGAGUCCAAACGGUGGUCAGGAGGACAACCGCAUGAAGAAUGUGCCCGUGCCCGUCUACUGCAGACCUCUCGUAGAGAAAGACCCCACUAUGAAGUUGUGGUGCGCGGCCGGAGUCGAUUUAUCAGGAUGGAAGCCGCUUGAGGAAGAAAUUGUGGCAGGGGUCAAACCAACGCCUGGUCGAGAUCCUUUAAGCUCUGACCGUGAAGUGGAAGGAGAGAGCAAGAGCACCCAUACCUCACCGGAGAAGAAAAAGACCAAGGAGAUCUAUGAAGCAGACACCACCUCAAGUCGUGUAUGGAUACUAACCAGUACCCUGUCUACAAGCAAGGUUGUGAUUAUAGAUGCCAACCAGCCUGGCACCCUGGUGGACCAGUUCACAGUUUGCAAUGCCCAUGUAUUGUGCAUCUCCAGUAUUCCUGCUGCCAGUGAUAGUGAUUACCCACCAGGUGAGAUAUUCCUGGAGGGAGAUGCCAAUACGGAAGAUGCUGCUGGUACUGAUGGGGUCUUGGCAGGAAUCACAAUCGUGGGGUGUGCCACGAGAUGCAAUGUGCCGCGCAGUAACUGCUCCUCGCGGGGUGAUACUCCGGUACUGGACAAGAAUCAAGGCGAGGUCUCCACAGUAAGUAAUGGCAAACUCACCCAGCAUCAGUCGGCGGAGGAGGCCACCGAAGCUCUGGAGGUACCAGAAGCCUCAAUCAGCGAAGCAGAACCAGCACAGGUUCGACCGGGACCCCUAACAGAACAUGUAUUCACCGACCCUGCCCCUGUGGCAAAUGGCCGACUGUGCAGUGAAAAUGGACACCUAAAGCCUGAAGGGAACACAGUGCAGCAAGAGACGGAGCCAAAUAGCGAGGUCCCCGUGGCUACUAGCGCCGCACCGACGAUGUGGCUGGGAGCCCAAAAUGGCUGGCUGUAUGUUCACUCUGCCGUCUCCAACUGGAAGAAGUGUCUGCACUCCAUAAAGCUGAAGGACUCCGUGCUGAGCAUUGUGCAUGUGAAAGGACGGGUUCUUGUGGCCCUAGCAGAUGGGACAUUGGCCAUCCUCCACCGAGGAGAAGACAAACAGUGGGACCUGAGUAAUUACCACCUGAUGGACCUCGGGCACACUCAUCACUCAAUUCGUUGUAUGGCAGUCGUAUAUGACCGAGUGUGGUGCGGCUACAAGAACAAAAUCUACGUCAUUCAGCCUAAAACCAUGCAAAUACCGAAAUCUUUUGACGCCCAUCCCCGAAGAGAAAGCCAGGUUCGACAGCUGGCAUGGAUUGGAGAUGGGGUUUGGGUAUCAAUCCGGUUGGACUCCACACUACGGUUAUACCAUGCCCACACCCACCAGCAUCUCCAGGAUGUGGAUAUUGAGCCUUAUGUCAGUAAAAUGUUAGGAACUGGAAAACUGGGAUUUUCUUUUGUAAGGAUUACAGCGCUGCUAAUCGCCGGCAAUCGACUAUGGGUGGGAACUGGAAAUGGAGUGGUCAUCUCAAUACCUCUCACAGAAACGGUAGUCCUACACCGGGGCCAGCUGCUGGGGCUGAGGGCCAACAAGACGUCUCCUACAUCCUCCGGAGAAGUAGCCCGGGCCGGUGGAGGAGUAAUCCACGUGUACAGCGAUGAGAACAGUGAAAAGUCCGCGGGCAGCUUCAUACCAUACUGCUCCAUGGCUCAGGCCCAGCUCUGCUUCCACGGUCACCGUGAUGCUGUCAAGUUCUUUGUGUCUGUGCCAGGUAACGUCCUGGCCACACUUAAUGGCAGUGUACUGGACAGUCCCUCCGAGAACCCAGGCACCCCAUCCGCAGAGACGGAAGAACAAAAACUGAAGAAUGUGCUGGUGCUGAGCGGAGGGGAGGGAUACAUUGAUUUCCGUAUUGGGGAUGGAGAAGAUGAUGAGACAGAAGAACACUCUGGAGAUGGAGGGAAUCAGACCAAACCAGUACUCUCUAAGGCAGAGCGAAGCCAUAUUAUCGUGUGGCAGGUCUCCUAUGUCCCUGAAUAAAUGCACCCUUAGCCUUCGCCCCCAGAAUGCCAAGACGCCUCCUGCUUCCCUGCACCCGCUGGAAAUACCAAACUGGAACUGACCCAACUCUGCGCAAUUUCUCGGCCCGUUUUGCUGGUCUUCUCAUUCUGUUCUAUUCAUCCUCUGAUGUGACCGACAGAAAACUUUUCCUCCCGCUACAAAUUCUCAUGUUUCUUGUACCAGGGCCCAAGAAUGAUAAAACUGGGUGACUAAAUAUCAUCUCUGCCAGGCUAGCAUCAUGGUCCUAACAUCCAGUCUGUCGCUGGAAUUGCUUGGCGGGCUCCAAUAGGGAUUGCGCUCGAUUGAAUUUAAGAUCGUUAUCGACCCAGCAUGCGCAGGUUCACGUAUGGGCAGGACUGGACCUGAGUAUCCAUUUUUAUGCCAAAUCCUCAUAUAAUGUCCAUUACUGAUAUUCAAUAGAUUUAAAGGAGUUCAUUAGCAUCUUCUUCCCCGCCCCUUAUGCAAUAGCUGAACACAUCAGUAUUGUGUCGGCAGUAGAAAAUUUCCCAAAAAUUUUUCGAUUUCCAUCGACAGUAAAAAAAGAUCAGACUGGACGAAAAACGCCAAAAAGAGUCUUAAUAAACUGAGGCAACUUCCCAAAGUCAUUUGGCCUUUUGUACGCAAGCGUAAAGAAAAAAAAAAGUGUCCUUCUCGCUCGCAGGAACCAAUCCGCUUUCGUUUUCAAAACUGCACUGAAAAAACCCCCCAUGAAAACGCGGGCUCCAAUUGGUUGCCUAUGAGCAGCUCGCUUACUUACUCCACCAUCGGGGUAGAAGUACAAUGCCUAUCCUCCAUAGCGUUUCAAUGAGACUCUUGUGCAUAUAGAUAUAUAUAUUUUUCUUUUAUAAAACGGGUUGUAUGAAAUAAAAACAUGGCUGUUUUUUUUUUUUUUUUUUUUUAACGGAAGCAGUGCCGCUCCUUCGCUUGUCCAGGGCUGAGACGCAAUAUCCGACGCAGCCUACAGACAAGAGUGGAGCUGUUUCAAGAACAAGCCAGCCUUUUCUAAUCUCAUACAAUCCUCUUUAUGUAAAAACUGAGACUAUAGCUAUAAUUUAGUCUAAAGAGCAGGUCCCACCCUGGGGCAGAUCUGAACAGCCAUCCCCCUUCAGGACCUAAAAGCUUAAAGGGGUUAUCCCAUGGUGUAAAAAAAAUGAACAUCUGAUAUUAUAUUGUACUAACAAACUUAG